AUGGCAUCAGGAAUCCUAUAUCUGGCGAACAAUUUGUGUAAAAAACUUACUGUGACCGCAGAUGUCGGCUUUUUACACUUAUGCUCUUCAGGUCACUUUGAAAAACUGUCCACCAAAACAAGAAGUAAUGCCCACUACCAUUUCUCAGCGGCCAGGAAAAAGUCUUCGAAUCCUGAGGAAUGCUUUAACGAGAGCAGCACCAACUCGCUGCUAACUGUCCAGUGUUUCAGAUAUUCUUCACAUUAUUUAAUUGAAAAGAUCCAGGAGUGGCUACGUAUCUGCAAGUCUUCAGGUGAGUGGGUUCGAGAACAACUAUCUGAAGACUUGCAGUUUUCCACAUUUCUAUUUUUUCCUGUCAUCCACCCCCGUUAUCAUCUCUUGUGUCAUAUUGCAACUAGAUUGCCAGUUCAAGGCACACAAGCUGUUUAUUUUGUUGAAAAUCCAUACGAGUCUGUAGUAACACAUUUCAGUGUCGGACAAAAUGUGAUUAAAGUCCAGCGCUUAUUUAACAUGACUGACAGUGAACCCAUUCCACAAAUGACCAUUCAAAAUAUUUUGAUAAAUGCAGUUUAUGAAUUCUCAGACGUAAUUCGCUUCCACAUUGACGGAGACGGAUGGAUUAAUAUCACUCAUUUAAAUCGAGCACAAGCACGAGACAUUACAAACGUAUCGUUAUACGUUACAUCGAAUGACCAACAUCACGAAAUUGUGGCUUAUACUAUUGUGAACAUACGUAAAGUCAAUGUCAGUGGAGAAACAAGGGAAUGCCCAUACCAACAACCAGCCUAUCACCAACAUCUUUGUUUUGGAGAUGAUGAUGGCAAUGAUAAAGAACUGGUGUUGACUGUCGAGGAAAACCAGAGCGGAAUUACAUUGUCUCGUCUUAGACAAGGUGUCUUUCUCAGAUCUAUAUGUCGUAAAGCUAGCGUAAACUAUCAGAUUGCUAAUGGAACAAAUCUCAGGAAUGGAAUGCAUAUAGCAGAUUUCUUUGAAGUGCAGCAAAAUACAUCUUUUUUAUAUUUAAAAUCACCUUUAAAUCGCGAGGACACUGCAGAAUUACAUUUAACUGUUUUAUGUACUGUACAUCUACCAACGCAAAAAGUUUCUAAAUUUAAAAGAAACAUUAGAGUGAUUGUAGGUGACGUUGAUGAUAAUCCACCUUUAUUUCAAACAUUACAACAUUUUCAAAGAACAAUUAAUCCAGCGGAGACUAUCAAAAGCUUAUCUGCCGUGGUAACUGACCGAGACAUGGCAACAGCUGAUGAAUACGAAGUCACAGCUCGAAACGACCCACUUGGCAUUGUAAAAAAUAUUACAAAAAGAGAAUUUCACCACGGACAACUAGUGGACCAAAAACCUGUUGCGAAUAGCCCCACGGCAACCAGUAUUGCAGCAGUAAUUGCUUUAAAUUGGAGCACAUCAGCAUUAGCUAACUACACAUUCUAUUCGGUUGAUAUUCUAUUCAAAGACAAGAACUAUAUUCGUGGAAUUGAAUCUAAUAUCGAAGGCACAGCAAUCUACACAUUACACGUGAAAGGACACGACUUGAAUAUUCAGAAGACGAUAUCAAGAAACGCCUCCAAGUAUGCUCAGAUUUACAAAAUACCCGAUAAAGGUGGAGACCAUUUCUACAUUGAUCCUCGUGAAACAACAAUAUUCGCCGUCUCAUGGUACACAGGGAUUGUAUAUGUAGACAGCGAGUUGGCACUUCGAUCGACGUCACACAAAGUUAUUAAGUUCAAAGUGAAGAUCAUGAAGGGCAACGUUGUCCAGGAGAAGGUUCACAUUACUGUCAACAUUGACGACACUCCAGUUAACGUUACAGGCGAAUGUGGUUACAGCUGUUCGUUUUAUAAAUCAAAAGAAGAAUGUACAUCUCAUUGCGGCCUUGGAACCAUUAGCGGUCAUUGUCACGUGCGGAAAGGUCUUAAACACUCCCCUACUGCUCUCUAUGGAACAUGCAGCCCAAAUCUAGUGCACUGUCCAGAUGGAAUUUGUGAUGAUGUAGAAAGUAAUCACCCUAUGUUAUGUCCACAAGAUUGCACAUUAAAAAAUGUUAACGGAGGUUCACUGAAUACAAAAUACAAGCCACCAAAGGGUAUUAAGCAAGCUGGUGGGUGGUGUUCGUGUGAUACAUCUGGCUCUUGUACCUGCAAAACACCACCACCUCCAUCACCUCCUUCACCACCAAAGAAGAAACCUAUUACUGAGGCAUCAAUGGAAUGUAACUGUGAUCGAGAUGUAAAGAUAUACCCUAGGCAGUCGACGUUUGCAACACCAUCAUUAAAUGACACAAACAACAAACCAAUAAAUCGAGAUGAAAACUUCGUCCCCAAGAAUCGGAACGAUGACGGAUGUAGCGGAAACUGCAAGACGAUCGUGAUCGCUGUCGUGUCUGGAUUCCUGUGUUUCACAUACGCAAUCAUACUCAUCUACUGCAUGUGGCGCUGUCAUCGGCACAGGCGCCACAAUAACAAAACCAACAAGAAAUACCCUCCGGGCAGUGUUUCCAUGUCAGCAGUACAUUCAGACUAUGUCGAAGAACAAAACCGUCUAGUAUCACAAAGUAACAUGGCCGAUCUUGCAGCUCCAAAAUCUAUAGAUGGACACUCAGAGGUUUUAGCCGGUCCUUGGGAAAUAGCUCGAACGAGUAUUUUAAUGGAAGAAAACAAUCGAGACGGAAAAUUUGGUGUUCUGGUGCGGGCAAAGCUGUGUGAUGGAUUCAACCAGAAUAUACAGGCUCCUGUUACCGUAAAAAUUGCCAGAAAUGGUUCGAGUGGAAAUGACAGGCAAUAUCUUUGGUCAGAAUUUAUCCUACUUAGAAGUUUAAAGCAUGCCAAUAUCAUCCGAUUAAUUGGCGUUUGUUCUUGGAGAGAUCCAUUUUUGUUGGUGAUGGAAUUUUGUGAAAACGGCACCCUGGUAAAUUACCUACGAAACCAUCGACCUGAUGGAGCUCAGAUAGGGGACGAUCCGAACAAUACAGGUGACGAGUCACCACCUGGAUUAACUGUAUCGAUUACAAUCAGAGAUUUACUUUCUUUUUCGUGGCAAAUAGCCAAGGGCAUGGAAUAUCUAGACGAUAUGAAGCUGGUACAUGGCGACCUGUCAGCCCGUAAUAUUUUGGUGAGUAGCGGAGGAGUUAUUAAAAUAUUCAAUCUCAGACCUCCAGACGUUCUUGCUGCCCAACUUGCGACUAUCACUGGGAAAACAUACAAGAGCUUUGCAUCUAUAAAAUGGAUGGAUCCAAAUAUAAUUUGGUCACAAAUGAUUACAACUAAAAGUGAUGUAUGGUCUUUUGCUGUAGUUCUUUGGGAAAUAGUAACAUUCGGCGAUAGUCCGUAUCCUGGAAUUUCCUCUGACCGAAUCCUAUCCUUAUUGAAAACUGGUUACAGGAUGGACAAGCCUGAUAAUUGCCCAGAUGAAAUGUAUGCUAUAAUGCAAAAGUGCUGGAAGACCGAACCCGAAGAAAGACCAUCUUUUCACGAUUUGGCCAAUAUUUUUGAUAAAAUUUUACAAGAAAGAACGGGCUACCUCGAUCUCGAAAGUUCCAGAGGAAAAUCUAAUUCCGUGGAAAGCGCCAUAACUACGGGAGUUUCAGAGGAGACAGGAGAUAUGCGCCCAGCUGCUGUCGUCCAAAAUAGUUUAUAUUUUCAGCAAAAGACUGCUCGGUUAUCUGCCCCUGAAAUUUCCGAGCAGCCAUUGCUGUGUCGUGCAAGCCUAGAAAAUGGGAAAGUGCGCCAUAGCAUGUGUCACCUGCAAGAUUUGUCUUUCGAAGAAUUCCAAAAAGAUGGAGAUUUAUUUGAUCAUCCACCACAAUGUGUCUAUAAUAUUUGCUAGAGUGAAACUCGUGUACAAUCAUGUAUAUAAUUAUAUAAAACAAACAAGCAUAACAAGCGCACCUCCCUAUACGUAUUUGUAUGUGCGUGUGUGUGUGUUCAUGUG